GUCGGCGAACCCCCAUGCGCCCCUUCGCCGCCUCCUCGGCCCCCGGCCCGUCGUUUGGCGCGCUUUCGGGGGUGGGCGCCCGCGCGCUGUUGUUUUCCGGCCCUUGGCCGGCGCGUUGCUUGGCUGCCUUUCAAUUCGUUCUCCUUCUGUAUGUGGGGGGCGGGGGGUCAAUUGGGUUGUGGGUCGCUCGCCCUUGAAGCGUGGAGCACGUUAUAACUGGCGUCCGAGCUGCUUCUAGAUGUCAUCGGAAU